AUGUCUUCCUCUCUACUUCGUACCGAUAUGCCCGCACCGCACCUUCGAAAGCCGCUCGAUAGCCAAAGGGGCGCUGGCGGUGAGAUGUCUAUGAUGUCUUUUGUCCAGCCGGACUGUCCUGCUAGAUUUUCCCACCAGGACGACCACCGCAUCAGGGGUCUUAACGCCGAGGCCAUGGCCCGCGUCUUCCUGCCUCCUCCCGCCUGGCUGCUCGCGACGGAAUAUGCGCCCUCCGAUCGGAUGCCGAUGAUUCCCCGACAUCCGUCUUUUUAG